GGAAAAGUUUCCUCCUGAGCGUAUUGCAGCAGCGAUAUCAGGUUACCUUUGCCUUGGACCAACUCGAACGUUAUAAGAACUUGACGUCCUGGUACUGAUCCCUCUAGAAGGUGCAAAGUUCCCCCUUCUUCUCUCGCGCAAAGGCCUCGAAACACAUAACUCCACUUUAUCUCUCGACACGAUCUCAACACGGCAAUUUGAACUAUAACCUUGGUUAUUCGACGACACCAUGCCCCGUAUCCGCAAAAAGACUUCUAAGCGCGGCACUACGAAUCAGCGCCAGAAGAUAAAGAAGAAAGUUUCAGAGAGCCAUAGGAAGUCAAAAAAGGCUGCUAGGAAAGAUAAGGCUGCUGGCAAUGUCCACAAAAAGUCAAAGAAGGAUCCAGGUAUCCCUAACGACUUCCCUUACAAGGACCAGAUCCUAGCCGAGGCCGCUCAACAGCGUAGAGAGGCUGCUGAAGAGAGGCAGCGGAGGAAGGAAGAAAAGCGAGCCUUGCUGGGUGAUGUGAGUAGUCGGCCUGCGGACGCAGAUGCCCUAGAAGAGGACCCGGCAGAUGCUGAAGUGCUCGACGGUGUCAUGUCAUUACGGGCAGCUCCCAACGUAAGCGCCGUUAACACGACGAAUAUCUUGGAGGCUCCCAUGGACGUAACCCCGGCGUUGCCUGUUCUGCCUGGGCCGCCAUCCCUACGCGAAGUCCUGAACGCAGCAGACGUGGUCUUGCACGUUCUAGACGCCCGCGAUCCUGCGUCGAGCUUGAGUGAGAUACUCCUCGAGAGUGUUUCAGCUAAAAAGGUUGCAUUGGUGUUGAACAAAGCAGACACUAUUCCUCAAGAGUCACUCUCAAAUUGGCUGGGAUACUUGCGGCUGAAAUAUACCGUCUUCCCGGUCCGUUCUGCGUCAGGAUUGCUACCAACGGAUCCAAUUCCUCAACCAUUCAACAAAAAAUCACCUAAACCCAAAAUAGAUGAUGCAAUUGGGCUUGCCCCCAUCUGGGAGAUGUUCGACGCAGUUUGCAGCGGACUCAGCCGCGACGAGCUCACAGUUGCCUUGGUGGGCGUGACCAACUCGGGAAAAUCGUCUUUGAUGAACUCUCUUGUCAAAGCUAUGGCGGUUCCAAUUUACAGCUCAGCAUCCUCCGCCCUGGCAAGGAGACCGCAUACAACGUGCACAGCACAAGAAGUUGUAACUGAGAUACCUGGCUCUGGCGCAAAACGCGUCAAGCUCAUUGACACACCUGGAUUGAUGUUCCUUCACGCUGAAAGCGACCAGUCAGAGAGGGAAAAGGUCAGGGCUAAGGAUCUGCUCCUGCGGUGCCGAGGGAAACUCGACCGGCUGAAAGAUCCACUUUUUUGUGUGGAGCAUGUAAUGGCGCUUGCCAACGCGCAAGAUUUGAUGCUAUCGUAUAACUUACCUGCCUUCACACAAGGGGAUCCUAAUGCACUCCUUGCCUCGAUGGCAAAGGUGCAUGGGCUUGUCAAAAAGGGCGGCGUACUUGACCAUGCUGGGGCCGCUCGUAUCCUUUUACGUGAUUGGAGCACAGGCAAGCUCGUGCGUUAUACACUUCCGACGGAUGGACCAAGAAGCAACGUAGCCGACGUCAAAGACGAGAUUGUGAACAUGCUUUCUACAAAGAAGCAUUUGCGUAAGGCUGGCAAGCUGAUCCGAAUGACUACCGGGCCAACCGACACACGGCAAGUCAUAAUGGACGAAGAAUGGGAGGAGGAAUCAAGUGAAGAAGACGGUGGAGAGGAGGAGGGAGAGGAAGAUGAUGACAAAAACGGUGUCAGGGUUGAUGGCGAGGACGGCGAUGAUGACGAGGGAAUGAGUGGCGACGAGGAAGCUGCCGCUGCUGAAGCUGAAGAAGAGUCCGAUUCGGCGCCUGAGGUGACAGCACCGCCGGCGAAACGAAAGAAGACGGUGAGCUUUGCAGCUGGGAGUGGGGACAGCCACCGGAGGAAGGGGGGGUCAGCGGGCGGAAGGAAACGUAGAUAGGACCAUGUUGGGACCAUGAAUGGAAAUGGC